CACCAAUUUUGCUCAAGGUCAGCGACACUCAUCCCCAUGAACACCUCCCCAACCCACUCCCCAAAUACUUCAUAAAAAUCAUUUAUUUUCUCAAAAGAAAAAACCCAGUUUUUCUUCAUCUUCAUCAUCUCCUUCUUUUGAUCCCUCUUUCAUUUCCUCAAACUUUAACACAACAUUCACUCCCUGUUUUAUUUCCCUGAAAAGGAAAAAAAAGUUGUGGGCAUUUAAGAAUGGAGGGACUGCCCCCUGGUUAUCGCCCCAACGUUGGUGUUUGUCUAGUCAACUCGGAUAAUCAGGUUUUUGUAGCUUCCAGACUGAAUGUUCCAGGAGCCUGGCAGAUGCCUCAGGGGGGUAUUGAAGAUGGUGAGGAGCCAAGAUCUGCAGCUAUCAGGGAAUUGCGAGAAGAAACCGGUGUUGUAUCUGCUGAAAUUAUUGCUGAGGUUCCUAAUUGGUUAACAUAUGAUUUUCCUCCUGCUGUGAAGGCGAAAGUGAAUCGACUCUGGGGUGGUGAAUGGCAUGGACAGGCUCAGAAAUGGUUUCUUAUGAGAUUAACAAAAGAUGAGAGUGAGAUCAAUUUAGCAACCGGCGAGGCCGACCCGGAAUUCACAGAGUGGAAGUGGACAACCCCUGAAGAGGUCGUUGAGCAGGCUGUGGACUAUAAGAGGCCGACGUAUGAAGAAGUUAUGAAGACCUUCGGGCCUUACCUAAGUGAGAAUAGCAAAGCCGCUAAGUGUAAAUCGACAAAAUGGUGAACGCUAUGCCGUGUUUCUUGUUUGUAAGGCUUGAAUCCAUCUUCUCUCUCUCUCUCCCCCCGUAAAUGGACAUGGCAGUUUAGAACUUUUUAUGAAGUUUAGAUUGUUUGUUUCA